AUGUCUACUACCCCAAAGGAAGAAGAUAUAAGUCGAUUUCUGGCACAGUAUCCAACCUGCUCCAGAGACACCGCGUCGGAUUUUCUAACAGUUUAUGGAAAUGAUCUCGAAGAGGCUAUAGAAAAGUAUAAAGCAUCUGAGAAAUACCUUAUACCCGUCCCUCCGUUUGAAGAUGAUAUCUCGCCAAGUAAUUCAAGUAAUGAACAUGACACUCGAGUUAGAACAAACUCACUUGAAUCAUCACAAGCUGAAGACGAAGGUAUCGAUGAAUACAGCUCGUGGAUGCCCAAGUUACCAACCCUUCCGGUUCCUGAUAGAUCUAUCGCCAGUGAUCCCCCCGACCCUUAUGUCUUUGAACUGCGCGAACUCUUAGGCGCAAUUCGAGCUGGCUAUUUCGACGCCGACCGUAUCCGUAGAUACUUAGGGUAUUACGAUAAAAAUGAUUUAUAUACGCAGCUGAAUGAAACCAUCGACGGGUAUCCGGCAAUCUUUUAUGUUAUCUCGACCAAUGAUAUCGGUAUACUUCGCGAGUGGCUCAAGCACGGAGGUGAUCCUAACGCGACAUGGGGAACUAGCGCCAUUCCUGCAAUUGGCUUCUCUAUUCUUCAUGGAGGCCAAACUAUGCUUCAGGCCUCGAAGACACUUGCUACACUUCUUAGAUUUGGCGCAGACCCUCGGGUCAUCCCAAAAGCGUUCUAUGAUCCCUAUUGUCGAGAUUUGCCGGAGGGAGGGCCAAUUCUGGAAGAGCUUUACGAUAUCAAUGAUACUAACAAGGAAUGGUGCACAGAGGAGGUACGGGAACAUCUUACUGAGGUUCUAACCUUGUCACAGCGAUAUGAUCUCUACAGGUCCAGUAAGGUCAUGCCGCACUCCGGUCGAGAGAAAGAAGUACUUAAUCGACAAGGCGCCGGAGAAGUCCUAGGCCUUCACCAAAUGAUUGUCGCUCAGUCCAUUGCAACGCGCUGGCUCCAAAGAAAGCUUCUUGUUUACCUUGCGCUCCAAAAGAAAAAGCCGUUUAUUUUGGUCUUCGCAGGGCCGAGCGGUCACGGCAAAACGGAACUUGCUAAAAGAUUCGGAGAUCUUAUGUCGCUAGAAUUGCAUGUGGUAGACUGUACCAUAUUUAAACAAGACAACGAGCUGUUCGGACCACGUCCCCCCUAUACUGGACAUGAGGACGGCUCACAAUUGAAUAAUUUCUUGGUUCGCCAGGCUGGGCAGCGAUGUAUUGUGUUUAUGGACGAGUUCGAGAAAACUAGCAAGGACAUCCACAACACAUUAUUAUUACCUUUCCAAGAUGGCCGCUAUGAAGAUCGUCGGAAUGGGAAAAUAAUUGACUGCUCCAAGACGAUUUGGAUUCUCGCCACCAACAAACUGGAUGAUAGUAUUCAUGGGUUCUGCAACGCUAAUGAAAAGACCAUUUUCCACUCCGAAGACCAAGAUGCUCAGGAUAAGUUGGUAGAGAAGUUGUGUCGUCAGCUCCGCAAGGAGUUUACCGGGCAUUUUGGUGCCCCUUUGAGUGGUCGUAUUACCGAAAUCAUUCCUUUCCUCAUCUUUUCGCCACAGGAGGCAGCUGUCAUUGCUCAUAGAACAUUGAUGGAUUUGGAGAGCGAAGUUAUUCAACAUGUGCGCCUGGCUCUGAACAAGGAAGAAGACGUCUAUGUCGGGAAUAUCAACAUCCGUAUCAAGAAUGAUGCAACAGUAUGCUCCGCCAUCACCCGUGACGAGUACGACAAGAAGACCGGCGCCCGUAGCAUUAAUCAAGCUGUGGAGCGUAUGGUCCAGGAUCCGCUCGUUAGCCAGUACCUGAAAGAUGGUGAUGAGUUUGAUGAAAAUCAACCUAUUACCUCGUUUGUCGUUGAUGUUGAUGUUGAUGGGGAGGUUGAAGUGAGACUGGUUACAUGA